AAAAAAAAAAAAAAAAAAACGAAAAGCAACAUGGACGAACAUAAAAAGUUUCUGGCAGAUCGUCUGCUUAGUGAAGAACAACCGAUCACGUAUCGGGUCUUGAGUAGGGCUUUGGAUGUACACGUCAACACUGCCAAAGAGAUGCUUUAUGACUUUCAUAGCUAUCAGAAUGCGCAAAAAGCCAACUCUGUUCACGCGACAUACCUAAUUUAUGGCACCAAAACUCCAGAAAAAGAUGAAUCUGAUGGCGAUGUUGAGAUGUCAGGCUCAUCGCCCGAGGAACCCCUUUCAGAUGAGGUUCCGACUUCCACACUGACUCUGGCUCGGGAAGAAGAGCUGAACGAUAUUCUAGCUGCCUAUGAGCAGGUAGUUUCGAUCCACGUUUACAGUCUUUCACCUCAUCCCCAAAAAGACCUUUCUCUCCUGUCAGAUGUGGCAUCCCAACUCUCGGAGUAUUCAUCAAAUGGGGACAUCACUGCCGCAUCUAAGAAGUAUGGCGUUAUUAGUAACCCGAACGCCCGAAGGAGAGAACGGACGGUCCGGCCUCUAGCCUCCACUUCAGCUCCCUCUCAGGCCGUCAGGAAAGAGCCUGCUGCAUCAAAGCCAACAUCCAAGACAACUGUCAAGCAAGAAACGUCAACGGUGAAGCCUGAGGCAAAGCAAAUCAAGUCUGCGAAACAGGAGUCUUCAGCUCCAUCGUCCAAGGAGGGAACACCUGCUCCAAGUGGCGGGAAGAAGCCAGCGCCAUCUCUUAAACGAGGAGUAUCUGGCGGUAUCAUGCAAUCAUUUGCAAAAGCGGCUGCACGACCACCUAAACCCAAGCCUGGCGCCAAGAAGGAAGAGGACACAACGAUGGCUCUCUCUGAUGACGGUGAGGCAGAUGACUCUGAUAUCGUGGCAACCAAGUCAAAGUCCACUAUAGAUUCUACCGAUAUCAAGCGAAAGCGUCAGGAACGUGAGGAUGUACUACGAAAAAUGAUGGAAGACGAUGACGAGGAAGAGGAGAAGGAAGAGUCCGACAAGGAGUCCGACAAGGAGUCCGAGCAGGCCGACGAAGAGAUGGAAGAAGCACCAGAGCCUGAGCCAGAGCCCGAGGCCACAAAGGAAGAGAGCGAACCAGCAGAAGUGAUCUCGGGCACUGGUGAUGGACGCAGGAGGGGUAGAAGACGCGUGAUGAAGAAGAAGCGAAUCCUUGACGAUCAAGGAUAUAUGGUUACCAUCCAAGAACCUGGCUGGGAAUCCUUUUCUGAGGAUGAGGCUCCCCCAGUGACCAAAAAGGCAGCCCCUGCUCCUACACCUACACCAUCAUCAUCUACAGGCUCCAAAUCAAAGAAACCGGCGCCCAAGGGACAGGGCAACAUCAUGUCAUUCUUUUCGAAGAAGUAGAAUGCACUAGAAGGACCAUCAAAAAGAAUUAGGGAGGGCAACGACUGCAGAAAACAUACUGUAAUUAUUUGUUGGCAUCUAUAAUAUCACUAUCCGUCGUUGUGCUAGCAAGCGCCUUGUAUUUCUCAGGAUCGGCCUUUAUCCUCCGAAGCGCCUUUGAUAACCUUUCAACACCUUCUACCAAGUCCUCCUCGGGGACAUAUGCGAACGUCAGCCGCACGGCGUUGUCCAAAUAAACAGAGGCCUCAUCGCCAGGCACUUGAAAC